UCAGGGUAAAAAAAAAUGGCCGCUGUCGUUGCAGGGUGUUGGUGUUGCCAAGGAGACGUGAGCUAUGGUGCUAGCUCGUAGCUGUUGAAUUAGCCGUGGAAACACAAAGAGUGAGAGGGGCAAAGAGUGAGAGAAGGCAACGGCGCAUGAGUGUGUGUAAGAAAUCAUUAACAACAUGGCGGAGCUGCACAUUAUAGGCCAGAUCGUCGGGGCUACAGGCUUUCCGCAGAGCAGCCUUUACUGCAAAUGGGGAGUUCAUACAGGAGGAGCAUGGCGUCUUCUCUCUGGGCUUAAGGAGGGUCAGACCCAGGUGGAUAUCCCCCAGGUAGGGGACAUGGCGUACUGGAGUCACCCUAUCGAUCUACACUUCGCCACCAAGGGACUGCAGGGCUGGCCAAAACUUCACCUCCAAGUGUGGCACCAGGACUCUUUCGGUCGCUGCCAACUGUACGGGUACGGUUACUGCCACGUCCCGUCCAGUCCCGGACACCACCGGGUAAACUGUGUGACUUGGAGGCCGCUCGGUUCAUGGCAGGAGCAGUUAUCGCAGAUGUUUGUGGGCGGAGGUCCACAGCUCCGCAGCCCGGACCUUGUGUACAGCGGGGCGGAUAGAUACAGACUGCACACCGAAGCCAUGGGGACCGUGGAGCUGGAGCUGGGCAUCAUCAUGAGACACUUUGACAAAUAUGGCGUCGAGAGUUAACACAAACAAAGAAAAAAAGACCAUUUUCUUCGUGUUGGUGGAGUCUAACCCCUGGAAAAGUUUUUUAUUUUUCAUGUUCCCGUUUUUAUAUAUUUUUUAAUAAAGACAAUAUCGUCUUAACGAA